GGUUUGUCCGAGACUGCCAAUAAAGUUGCGUCGGUUCAAACAAGAUGGCGGCGCCCGGGGGAAGCGUCGUGUUUAACGACCAACCGCGUCGCUGUGUGUAGCUAGCUCACGUCGGGGGACGUCAACGCGGCAGCGAUUUGUGAGAACAAUUUCAGAAAAUAUGGCCAUUCCAGGCAAGUUGUCAAAGAAGGAACUGAAAAGGCAAAUACAAGCAAAGACUUCCCUCAACUCGCCCUAUAAGCUACAAUGGAAGACUCUAGUCCAAGGUGACAUGCACUACAUUCUGAAAACUCUUGAGGACAAACUGGUUUCCAUCGGGCUUGAGAAGAAAGAGGUCAAAGUGUUUCGCCGUCGGAAGAAAACAAGACCCACUGCAACAACGGAAGUCACUCCUCUGGAAAGCAAAGGUGUUCGUGAUCCAGAAAUGCAGGAUGCGCCCAAGAAUGGCUGGACAGACGUCACCGCCAGAGGACAACUAGCCAUCGGCAUCAAUGAGGUCACGAGGGCACUGGAGAAGAAUGAACUCAAACUGGUGCUCGUGUGCAAGUCUGUCAAACCACAACACAUGACCCAACACCUGAUUGCACUGAGCCAGACGAGAAACGUGCCUGCCUGCCAGGUGCCUCGGCUGAGCGAGUGUGUGUCAGGACCGCUGGGACUCAAAAGUGUUCUGGCCCUGGGGUUUCGAAACGCAAAGGAAAACAGGAUUUUUACUGACACAGUUGAGGCAAUUAUCCCCAAAGUGCCUUUACUUGAAGCCGCCUGGCUACACCAAACGGAGUCCAGUGUGACAACGAACAAGCCAGCACAGAUGGAGGAGGAGGAGGAGGAUGCUGGUAAGAGGAGUGGCAGGAAAAGAAAACUAGAAGGUGAACCUGAGGAGGUAAUGCAAACUGCUCCCUGCACUCUGCAGCCGCUCAAAGUGAAAAAAAUUAUCCCGAAUCCCUCAAAGAAAAGAAUUGGAAAGAAACGGAAGACUAAGAAGUAAGAAAUGAUGUAAAGGCAAUGCCACCGCAUAGCAGUUCAAACCAAGCCUCUGUUGAAACUGAUGAUGAAACAUACUUCACUAUAGUCCGUUUUAUUUGUAUAGCCCCAAUAUCACAAAUUUGCCUGUGAACUAAAGUUCUGGAUGCAUAGUGGAUUUUCUUAAAUGGUUUUCCUUGUUUACCCUUUUUAAAAGUGAAUUGGUUUAGGUAAAGGACAAUAACUAAUUUUGAAACUGUUUAUGCAUGCGUAACAAUCCAGAUGUGAAAAUCACAGGAAGUUGAAUCGGUUCAUCUGCACACAACGUUUAUUGGGAGAAACGUUUCAUUGCUCAUCGAAGUGGCCUCUUCAGACUCUGCUGACUGCAGGUAUCCCCACCCUUAUAAACAAUACUGUGGCACGGUGACCGAAACCAACGAUCAGUUUCAUAUGCAAAUUCCCGUGACCGUAAUGGUCCUCUCAAUAAACGUUGUGCCCAGAUGAACUGAUUCAACUUCCUGUGAUUUCCUUACCUGGAUUAUUGAGCGUGUAUAAAGUAGGGCCGUCCCGAAUACUAUUUUUUGGGCUCUGAAGCUUUGGUAGUAGGGGGGGGAUUGAUUGUUAAGGAUUCUGUUAUUCUACAGUAUUUUUAAUAAAAAAACCUU